AUGAACAAGCAUGAAGGAAAAGCCAUUCUAAGAAACCUUUUUUGCAGCAAAAAGGUGCUCCUUGUGCUUGAUGAUGUAACUCACAUGAGUCAAUUAGAGAAUAUGGCUGAAGUCCAAAGUGGUUUGAAAGAUGAAUCUCUUCAACUCUUUUCUAGGAAAGCAUUAGAAAAGAUUCCUGAAAGCAAUUACUUGAUGUUGUCUGAAUCUGUGGUUAAAUAUGCCGGAGGUCUUCCUUUGGCACUCCAUGUUCUAGGUUCUUUUUUGUGUGGAAGAAGUGUACCUGAGUGGGAAGAUGCUUUAGACAGGCUAAAGGAAAUUCCAGAAGAUAAUAUUAUUCGAAAACUUAAAAUAAGUUAUGAUGCAUUAAAUUAUCAAGAAAAGGCAAUAUUUUUGGAUAUUGCUUGUUUUUUCAAUGGAUGGAUGAAAUAUGAAGUGACCCAAAUUUUGAGAAACUGUGAUCUCCACCCUACAAUUGGAAUAAAUGUUUUGAUUGAGAAAGCUUUACUAAUUGAAAGAAGAAUAUGUAUGGAAAAUGCAUUUUAG